AGGACUGUGGAGUUACUGUACCCUCUCUCCCCUGCACACGCACACACUGGGUCUCUGUGGGGCAGCCUGAGUCCCUCCACCCAGGGCUUCAGCUCGUCACGGGAUCUUCCUUACACAGAUAUAUUUCCAGGUUCCAGUAACCUCCCUGCCCUACCGAUUCAGACCCCGGGCGGCCAAGGCGCCCUGCUGUUAGCAGCCUGCCGCACCGCCCUACCGCUGCUGGAGUCCCUAACGCCGCCUCCGCUGUUGGAAAUCGUUCCUUUAUUAGACCCUCCUCCGAUUACCCUAUUUGAGAGCGCGCCAUCUGUCUCCUGCAUAUAUCGAUAGGAAAACGCUUAGCAAGUCUGAAGAACCGAAAAGGGCACUGUGUCUGAGUGGGUACGCAGGGCAGAAUGUCGUGCUGGUGAGGCAGGGCUGGGUCACUGUCGCCAUAAGGAACCUGGACGGUAGACGGAGGGGGGAGUCGCUGAUGGAAUGGUCAAGGGAGGGAAUAAACGGAUGAGGACGGUUCCCUCUCCCCGGCGCAGCCACGUGGCUUCCCCGACGUUGUUUGUGUUCUCUCCCCGGCAGGAUGCGGGAAGCCCCUGGGCCGGAGGAGUCGGAGCCGGGCUGCGAGCCGCCGUGUGCGGGCCAGUGCCACGCGCAGCGCGUGCUGCAGACCCUCAACGCGUACCGGCGGAGCGGCACCCUCACCGACGUUGUGCUGCGCGCCGGCGGCCGCGACUUCCCUUGCCAUCGCGCGGCGCUCAGCGCGGGCAGCGCCUACUUCCGCAGCUUGUUCGCGGCCGGGCGACCCGAGCGCGUCCCGGCCGUGGUGCCCGUGGUGCCCGACGCGCCGGGCUCCGGCCCGGCCGGGACGGCGGCGGCACUGGCCGUGGUGCUCGAUUACGUGUAUGGCGCGGGCGCGCGGCUGCGCGCGGAGGACGAGGCGGCGGCCGUGCUGGCGCUGGCGGAGCGGCUGGGCGUGGCGGGCCUGCGCGAGGCCUGCGUGCGAUUUCUCGAGGGCCGCCUGCGCGCCGCCAACAGUCUGGCGCUGCGCCGCGUGGCCGCCGCCUUCUCGCUGGCCCCGCUGGCCGAGCGCUGCGGCCGGGUCCUGCGCCAGGCCUUCGCUGAGGUGGCGCGCCACGCCGACUUCCUGGAGCUGGCGCCCGACGAGGUGGCGGCGCUGCUGGCGGACCCCGCGCUGGGCGUGGCGCGCGAGGAGGCCGUGUUCGAGGCGGCCAUGCGCUGGGUGCGCCACGACGCGCCUGCCCGCCGCGGGCAGCUGCGACGCCUGCUGGAGCACGUGCGCCUGCCACUGCUGGCGCCCGCCUACUUCCUGGAGAAGGUGGAGGCUGACGAGCUGCUGCAGGCCUGCGGCGAGUGCCGCCCGCUGCUGCUCGAGGCCCGCACCUGCUUCAUCCUGGGCCGCGAGGCCGGCGCGCUGCGGGCCCGGCCGCGGAGAUUCAUGGACCUAGCUGAAGUGAUCGUGGUCAUCGGCGGUUGCGACCGCAAAGGUCUCCUGAAGCUACCCUUCGCCGAUGCCUACCACCCAGAGAGCCAGCGGUGGACCCCACUGCCCAGCCUGCCCGGCUACACUCGCUCAGAAUUCGCCGCCUGUGCUCUCCGCAAUGACGUCUACGUCUCUGGAGGCCACAUCAACAGUCACGAUGUGUGGAUGUUUAGCUCCCAUCUGCACACCUGGAUCAAGGUAGCCUCUCUGCACAAGGGCAGGUGGAGGCACAAGAUGGCAGUUGUGCAGGGGCAGCUGUUCGCGGUGGGUGGCUUCGACGGCCUGAGGCGCCUGCGCAGCGUGGAGCGCUACGACCCCUUCUCCAACACCUGGGCGGCCGCCGCACCCCUCCCGGAGGCCGUGAGCUCGGCAGCGGUGGCGUCCUGCGCGGGUCAGCUCUUCGUGAUCGGGGGUGCCGGGCAGGACGGCGUCAACACUGACAAGGUACAGUGCUUUGACCCCAAGGAAGACCAGUGGAGCCUGCGGUCACCAGCACCCUUCUCACAGCGGUGUCUCGAGGCUGUCUCCCUGGAUGACACCAUCUAUGUCCUGGGGGGUCUCAUGAGCAAAAUCUUUACCUAUCAUCCAGGCGCAGAUGUGUGGGGGGAGGCAGCUGUCCUCCCCAGCCCUGUGGAGAGCUGUGGAGUCACCGUGUGUGAUGGGAAGGUCCACAUCCUUGGUGGGCGGGACGAUCGCGGAGAAAGCACCAAUAAGGUCUUCACCUUUGACCCCAGCAGUGGGCAGGUCGAGGCCCAGCCAUCCCUGCAGCGCUGCACCAGCUCCCAUGGCUGUGUCACCAUUGUCCAGAACCUGGGCAGGUGACUCAGAUUGGACAGCCUGAGCCAGGAGGCAGAGAGGCAAGCAGAGCUCAGGUGUACACUCUUCUCUCUCAUGGCACCUCCACGCAAACAGCCCUUAACUUGAUGGUCCCUUUUCUUGCAGAAAUAAAACCUUGUCCAGCCUGUC